GAAGAGGGAAAAAAGAAGGAAUGGCUCUUUUCCAGAUCCUCAUGGGAGCAUUCUCUAAAUGAAGAUACAUGGGUCCUUUACAACUCCUUACUGUUUCAAAGAAUGCCACGAUGGCUGCUUCUGAGCAGGCCAACUUCACUACAGACUUCUAAGGAUGUUUUAAGAUUGUACAUCUUUUAAGCAUGAUUACCAGGUUGAUGAUGGUCUUUCUGAGGAGGCACAGACAUUCAACUUAGGACGGUUGACCUUCAGGGAUGUGGCCAUAGAUUUCUCUCAGGAGGAGUGGGAGUGCCUGGACCCCGCUCAGAGGGCUUUGUACAAGGAUGUGAUGUUGGAGAACUACAGGAACCUGGUCUCCGUGGGUGAGGAUAACUUGCCUCCAGAAGUCGGAAGCCUUUCUCCUGGAUUUGCAGUCAAGGAAUUGUCAUCAGUAGAGGACAUUUAUAAAGGAAAAUUUUACCACUUAGUGAUAUUGGAGAGAAAUGAAAGCCAUGGCAUCAAGAAUUUUGAUCUCAAGGAAGUCUGGGAAAAUAGGCAUGAGGUUGAAAAUCGGUGGGGAGAUGAUGCAAGAAAUUACAAAGAAGUGCCUUUGACUCAUAACAAAAAUCUCACUUGUAGAAAAGAUCAGCCACUUAAUCAGCCCUCAUUUACUCUUCCUGAAAAGCAGAGUGUUUCUGUGAGAAAAAAUACAUACCAGUAUGUCAUGAAUAAUGAACCAUUCAUCAGGACUUUGUUACAACAGGACAGUAACAUAAGUGGUUCUGGAAACCAGUAUAUAAACUGCUUGGAAAAUAGAAUUGGAUUAAGUUUACAGGCACACCUGGGUGAACUCCAGAGAUUUGACAGUGAGGAGGAAAUGUAUGAAUGUAGUAAUCCAAUUGAGAAGUCUGUCAGCAAUGGUUCCUCAGUCUCACCACUUGAAAGAAUUCCUCCCAGGACCCAAAACAUUUGGAAUAAAUCUAGGAAGAUUUUUCAUUUGUUACCUGCCCAAGCCAGGAGAGGAUACACCAGAGGAAAAUCUUAUAAAUGUAAUGAAUGUGGGAAGGAUUUUAGCAAGAGCUCAAACCUCAUGAAUCAUGAGGGUAUUCUUUCUGGACAGAGACCUUACAAAUGUAAUUCAUGUAGCAAAGUGUUUGUUGAGUGUUCAAGCCUUACUCAAGAUAAGAAAAUCCAUACCGGUGAGAAACCUUACAAAGGUAAUGAGUGUGCCAAAGCGUUUACCCAAUUUGGCAACCUUAGUAGUCAUCAGAAAAUACAUGCUGGGGAGAAACAGCACAAAUGUAACGUGUGUAACAAGGCUUUUAUCCAAAGGUCAAGACUUAAGGCACAUCAGGUAAUUCAUACAGGAGAAAAACAUUAUAAAUGUACUAAAUGUGAUAAGGCUUUUAUCAAACAUUCAGCACGUUUGCGUCAUGAGAGAACUCAUACCGGUGAGAAACGUUACAAAUGUAUUGAUUGUGGCAAGGCCUUUUUGAGGAGUUCACACCUUACUCAGCAUAAGAGAAUCCAUACUGGAGAGAAACCUUACAAGUGUAGUGAAUGUGGCAGGGCUUUUAACCAAUUUUCACAUCUUUGGUGUCAUGAGAAAAUUCAUACUGGCGACAAACCUUACAAAUGUAAUGAGUGUGGCAAAGCCUUUACCCAGGCUUCAAGACUCACUAAACAUCAGAGAGUCCAUACAGGACAGAAACCAUAUAAAUGUAAUGAAUGUGGUAGGGCUUUUAUCCAAUCUUCACACCUUAGGCGUCAUGAGAAAAUUCAUACUGGUGACAAACCUUACGUAUGUCAUGAGUGUGGCAAAGCCUUUACCCAGCGUUCAAAACUCACCACACAUCAGAGAGUCCAUACAGGAGAGAAAGUAUAUAAGUGUUUCGUAAGUGGCAAAUCCUAUAGUCAAAAUUCAAACCUGGCAAAUCCUCAGAGAAUGCAUACUGGAGAGAAACCUUACAAAUGUAAAGAGUGUGGCAAAUCAUUUACACAAUUUGGAAAUCUCACUAUGCAUCAGAAAAUACACACUGGGGAAAAACCACACAAAUGUAAUGUGUGUGACAAGGCUUUUAUCCAAAGGUCAUACCUUGUGGCACAUCAGAGAAUUCACACAGGAGAAAGACCUUAUAGAUGUAAAAAAUGUAGUAAGGCUUUUGUCAACCAUUCAGAACUUUUGCGUCAUGAGAGGACUCAUACUGGUGAGAAACCUUACAAAUGUAUUGAUUGUGGUAAGGCCUUUUGGAGGAGUUCACAUCUUAUUCAGCAUAAGAGAAUCCAUACUGGUGAGAAACCUUACAAGUGUAAUGAAUGUGGCAGGGCUUUUAACCAAUUUUCACACCUUUGGUGUCAUAAGAGAAUUCAUACUGGCGACAAACCUUACAAAUGCAAUGAGUGUGGCAAAGCGUUUACCCGACUUGGAAAACUUACUAAUCAUCAGAAAAUACACACUGGCUAGCAACCACCCAAAUGUGAUGUGUGUAACAAGGCUUUUAUCCAAACAUCAGGCCUUUGGCACCUCAGAGAAUCCGUACAGGAGAAAAACCUUGUAAAUGUACUAAAUGUGUAAAGCUUUUAGCACACGUUGAGACCUUUGUAGUCAUGAGAGUACUUCUACUGGAGAGAAACUUUACAGAUGUAAUGAGUGUGGCAAAACCUUUGCUGAGCACUCACAUGUUAACAGAAAAAUCCAUACUAGAGAGAAACCUUAACAGAUGUAAUGAGUGUGGCAAAGCGUUUACCCAAUUUGGAAACCUUACUGGGCCUCAGAAAAUACACACUGGGCAGAAACCACACAAAUGUAAUGUGUAUAACAAGGCUUUUAUCCAUUGUUCAAGUCUUAUGGCACAUCAGAGAAUUCAUACAGCAGAAAAACCUUACAAAUGUAAUAUGCGUAAUGAGGCUUUUAUCAAACAUUCUCACCUUUGGUGUCAUGAGAGAUCUCAUACUAGAGAGAAAGUGUACAAAUGUAUUUAGUGUGGAAAAGCCUUUAUGGAGCAUUCACAUCUUACUCAGUGUGAACCUAAUAUGUGUGGCAGUGCUUUUAUUCAAAGCUCAAGCUUUGGGGAGCAUCAAAGAAUUCAUAGGAGAAAAAAACAAAUGAGCAAGGGUUCAACACUUGCUCAGCAUCAGAGAUUCCAUCAUGGAGAGGAACCAUAUAGAACUAACAUAACAUAAGUGGGAAAUCUUGUAACCAGGGUUCACAACUCACCUGAUAGGAGAAUAGAAGCCUCUGAAAGGAAGAACACUGAAGGAAUGUAUGACAGGGCUUAUCCAAAGCUUAUUUUAAGUUGUGGAAUGUAAUUUCUACUAGAGAGAAAAACCUUACAAAUAAAAUAGGUUUGAUCUGGGUUAUAAAAAAUGUACAAAUUGGGGAGGGGAUAAAAAUAGGUCAAUGGAGUUAGGAGGUACAGACUUCCAGUGAUAAGAAAACAAAAUGUACAACUUUGUGCUUUGUGGUCUAGAAAGAAUUCACAUAACACGGAAACCAUACAAAUGUGUCAAUGUCUUUAUCUCAGGAAAUACUGAAGAAUUCAUGCUGGACAGGAACAUUAACGUAUAAUGAAGGCGGUAAUUUGUUUAGCCAGUUCUUCAAUGGACUACAAUUUAAAACUUCACACUAGGGGGAAGUAGGUCUAUUUUGAGGAUUAACCAAUCUUAGGUGUUAAGUUCCACAGAAAAUUAAAAUUAUUUAAAACUCA